CCGAGCCUCGAAAAAUCAACCCCGAAAGAAGAAUCAUCCUCCACCAAGACAAUGCAAGCUCGCACACAGCUCAAAAAACGAGGCAGUAUUUAACGGAAGAAAACGUGGAACUAUUGGACCAUCCUCCAUAUAGUCCCGAUAAGUCCUAACGAUUUCUUUAUUUUCCCGAAAAUUAAAAACAGACUGCGUGGUCAAAGGUUCCAGUCAGCAGAAGAAGCAGUUGACGGAUUCAAAAAUGCCGUUUUGGAUCUGCCAGCAAACGAGUGGAAUAAGUGCUUAGAAAAUUGGUUCGAGCGCAUGCAGAUGUGUAUUAAUCUCCGUGGAGAAUACUUCGAAAAACACUACCGUGUUGUUUUAUUUCCAUAUGCAAAACUUAAAAGACAUCCCUCGUACCAUAAAUAUUUGUCAUCAAAUUUGAUACAAAAGAAUAACUGUAAACGUUCAUCAAUAAAUACGUUGUAUUGCCAGAUUGGUCUUACAUAUUUGAAUCGGCAGAUUGGUCUAACAUGCGUAGCUGGUGGAACAUAAAGAACCUUGU